UGCGUGUACGUCAGAGUGUGUAUGUGUGUGGAGAGCAAGUCGAGAUACAGUAGUAACCCAGAGUGAGGUGGCAGUCAUAUUCCACAUCGACACUGACUUGCCCUGCAUACAUCUCUCAACUGUCUCUGUAUCGAGAGCGCACUUAAAACACGAGUGAAAGGAGGAGAGAGUCAAGAUGGCAUCUGGACGUGUCCGUGGACAAUCCGGGAUAUAGUCUCGUAUUUCUUUCAAAUUUGGUUCCUAAGAGCGCAAGUGACUGGCCGUGCAAGGAGGUAAUAACCAAGUUGCUCCUUGUUGGAAUAGCAACAAAGGACGGCGGCGCGCAUUCAUGGGACGCGUCUUUGACAGCUCUUCAUUUCUUCGUUUGUAACUUUAUUACCUGGCAGCUGGCGGUGAGAUUGUGACUGGAGUAAAUAGACCAUGGCUGAGGCUCAGCUCCCCGACCCGCUACCGGACUUGGACGUGGCCAUCGACCCGGACUUUGAGCCCCAGAAGCGGCCCAGAUCGUGUACCUGGCCGCUGCCUCGACCAGACUCGAACGCGGUUAAACCUGGGAGUCAUGACACAGAUAUUAUCCCCGAGGAAGAGGACGAUGAUGAGGACAUUGCCACCCCAACAGCUAUCAGUAUCAACGGCUCUGGCGAGGCGGUGGAGGACCAGAGCAGCAGCAGCCCCGUGCCCGACGGAGCGCUCUCCUCCCCCGGACAGGAGAGCGGUGGCUCCCCGCUCUCCUCGCACUCCCCGUCGGCCACCUCUGGAGCCCUGACUCCAAGCGGCUUGGCUGCCCAGCAGACCCCGAGGAAAGCUUCAUCUCGCCGUAACGCCUGGGGGAACCUCUCCUACGCUGAUCUGAUAACCAAAGCCAUUGAGAGCUCUCCGGACAAGCGACUGACACUGUCCCAAAUUUACGACUGGAUGGUCAGAUCCAUCCCCUAUUUCAAAGACAAAGGAGACAGCAACAGCUCUGCAGGAUGGAAGAACUCCAUCCGGCAUAACCUCUCCCUACACAGUCGUUUCAUCCGUGUCCAGAACGAGGGAACUGGGAAGAGUUCUUGGUGGAUGAUAAACCCCGAGGGAGGGAAAGGUGGAAAGGCUCCUCGCCGCCGUGCAGUCUCCAUGGACAACAGCAACAAGUACACAAAGUCCGCCCGUGGCCGUGCUGCCAAGAAGAAGGCAGCCCUGCAGGCUGCAGCAGCUGCUGCCGGAGAAGGCGGCGGAGACAGUCCUUCAGGUCUUUCCAAGUGGCCUGGAAGCCCGACAUCACGUAGCAGCGAGGAGCUCGAUGCCUGGACAGACUUCCGCUCCAGAACUAAUUCCAAUGCCAGCACACUGAGCGGUCGUCUCUCGCCCAUUUUGGCAAACCAAGAGCUGGACGAGGUGCCCGAUGACGAGCCUCCGCUUUCACCAAUGCUCUACUCCAGCCCUGGCAGAGCGCUGUCUCCAAGCAAUGGAACAAGCAAUGGGAAGCCUAUGCCAGCUGAGCUGCCCCGCCUAGCAGAUCUGGCAGGUACAAUGAACCUAAACGACGGACUCACAGAUGACCUGAUGAAUGAAUUGCUUGAUAACAUCAACCUGGUGCCAACUGUUCCAGUACAGACCGCUCCAAAUGGUUCCUCAGGGUUCAAUUUUGGGUCCAAACCCAAUGGGCUUGGCUCACCUUCCUCCACCUCUUCUCCCUCCCCCAACGCUUCUUCUAAUGGUGGAGUCAAUGGUUACAGUAACUCCAUCUUUGGCCCCCACCAGGCCACCUCCACUCUGCGUCCAUCACCAAUGCAGACGAUCCAGGAGAACAAGCAGACCUCCUUUUCCAGCAUCAGCCUGUCUCGUUUUGGCAGCCAGACACUACAGGACCUGCUCAACUCUGACAGCCACAGCCACAGUGAUGUCAUGAUGACACAGUCGGACCCACUGAUGUCACAGGCCAGUGCUGCUGCUGUCAUUUCCCAAAACUCUCGCCGUGGCCUCAUGCUCCGAAAUGAUCCCGUAAUGACCUUCGGGACCACUGGAGGACUUCAGGGUAGCCAGGGGGAGAUGAUUCCAAGUAAAAACCACAACCAGAGCUCCCUCAGGUCUUUAAACGGAGGCCUAAACCUUGCCAUUGAGGCUAAUCUGGCAAAUGCCAAGCAACAGCUCUUGCUCUCCCCCUUGGGCGGAAAUGGCUCCUCGUCAAUGCAGAUUGACACAUCGAUCUUCCUCAAUGGGACUGUUAGCAGCAAUGGAGGGAUCUGCCAGGACCGUUUUCCCACAGAUCUGGAUCUGGACAUGUUCAACAGCAGCCUUGAGUGUGAUAUGGACACCAUCAUCAGAAAUGAGCUGAUGGAUGCAGAUGGUCUGGAUUUUAACUUUGACUCUUUGGCCAACAUGAACGGGGUUGGCAAUUUCGCAAACACCAAGCAGACCUCUCAAAGCUGGGUACCUGGCUGAGAGGGUCAGGGCAGAAAGGAGCAGAGCAGGUCUGAACUGUGUUCAAGUGAAGAUCAGACACACAACACCCUUUUUGCCAAACCUGCCAUCAGCACAACGUUAAAAAAAAAAACAACCCUGUGUUUACAGAAGACUUCCUCUCAAGAGCUUUACCUUCGCUCCCACAACGGUGCACCAUGAACGAGCCGACAGACUCUAGCGAUACUGCACAUCAGCCCUCAAAGUCUCUUGUGAAACAACCACAAAAAGAAUGCUAUGUCAAACUCACAAUACUUACAAUUAUGCAUUUUUCCUAUCACACCCUGUCUGUUGAUAUCAAAGAGACACUGCUUAUGCCAAGGGGUUUUAGGUGGACUGAGCACAUGGACUAAAUGUCAAGCAUAGAUUGAAGGAGUGCACAGUGCAGUUGUUCCCACUAAAGACGAACGUCAAAACAAAAGUGUAAAGCAAAAAAAAAAAAUCAAGAAGUAAUGGUGAUGUAAAUCAGAUCCAUGUGUUUCCUGGGAUGUGUUAUGUUGAAGAAGAAUUCCUCCCUGUUUUCACUUAGUGAUUAUAAGUGUGAAGUGUUGUUUUUCGGGUAUUCUGUUUAAUCAUACAGUAAAUGUUCCUGCAACAAACGUGUGUACAAAGGAAACUGGUGUAUUGUUGACAAUGAAAUACGAAAUGGAGAGUGGCCAUGCAUUAAGAACAUGCAAACACACAAACAGGCAAACCUAACACUUUGUUCCAGUUUGCAAAACCUGAGAACACUUAAAAGUUCAAACUUCUCCUUUUAAUGUGAUGCACUUCAGGUUCUGUAGAUAUAAAUUGCUUUAAUCGGCAUACUAAAAGUUAUAUCACAAUUAGCUGAAUAUAUAAAAAAAAAUAGUAUACCUAACUGAAAAAAUGUAAAAACAUGAAGUUUUUGGUCAUGGAUAUUUGUAAAGUUCAGGUCAGUGUUUAAGUUCAAGAAGGAGGGGGAAAGAUCGUGUCUAACUUUGGUAGAUUUCUUAUCUUCUGGUGAGUUCUGUCGAAGUUGUUAUCACUGCAUACAAUGUAGCCAAAAUAAAUACCUGUGUCCUAGAGUUGUGAACAUUUCCACACCAUAACUGGUGCUAUGUAAACAGUGUUGAAUCCUGCCCCAAGAGCAAGCCGUGCAUUUUUUGUGUGUUCGUUUUAUUUUUCCGUUGUUGCUUAUGAUUUGCAGAAGCCCUUGUAGCACGGUGAGGUUGAACCUGUAGAAAAACAGGUGGACAUCAGGAGAGGCAGGGUUUUUUAGGGUCAUUCCUCUAGAAGCCAUUUGUUUCUUGAGUAACACGAUAAGCUAUCUCUGUAUAUUGCCAAAUUACUUGAAACAGACAGUAGGAUAUGCUGGCAGCCAAACCACAGCACACACACACGCACACGCACACACACAUAUGGUAAAAAAAAUAAUACCAGGGAUCUGUGUUAGGCUCAGCUGUUUUCUUGCCAUGAGCUUGUGGGGCUUGUUAUGCAUAUAUAGACUCACUCAGGGGGGGAAAGGGAGGCUUCCUGUUAACAUAACAUCAAGUCACAUUCUAAUGGUAUUUUAACAUUUCUUGAUGAAAACAGUAAUGCUUUGUGUUUGUGAACUUGUUACCUGUGAACAUGUUUUGGGCCGUAAAGAUGAAGACGAGGAAGAAGGAGGAUAAAUGUCAGGAUUAAGACUUCACACGGUCUUUUUAUUUUUUUAUUUUGCUGUCAUAGUUUCUUCUUUUUUUUUUUUCUCUCUCUCUCCUCUUUGUUGGACUUGCGACACACAGGCACACACACAUAUCCCCAGAUGGACGCCCAUGGUGCUCCUGCAGGUGAAUUUCUGAAUCUCCUGAGUACUUGUUUAAUAUGUGUGUGUCUAUCUGUAGAGUUUAUUUCUGUUGGAUUGAUCUCACCAGGAUGUGUAACCACCUCACUUAUCCCUCAUGGUGCAUACAGCACAGUUGACUGUAUGCAUGUAUGUAUUUAUGCAUUAUGAAUUGUGUGAAAUGCAUAUAUACUCGCUGUAUAUGUCCUUAUAUAUUCAUGUAGUACUUGACCCUUGGAUUUUGUGAUACCUCUGAAGGUAAAGGUGAAGAAAUAAUGAACAAGGUUACACCCUUAACGGAGGGAAUACUGUUACCAGCGAUUUAAUUGUUGAACCAGAUUUUGUAAAAUGAUGGAAAACACUAUUGUUGUAGCAUCUGGAGACCCUGGUAUCCCUUCUUUUUUGGGGUCAUGUAUGGAUAUAUACGCCCCGCUGUGUAUAAUAGUGUACAGAUGUGUGUAUAUGACUUUGAGGCCAAGGCAGAGGAGUGUGUGUGCAUGGUUGGCUAGAAUGACCCUCUGUGUUAUCUGAGGUUUAGUGCAUGACCUAGCAACCCCCCCCCCCCCCCCCCCCCAACCCUUCAAAUGGUGCCGUCCUGCAAGAAAUUGUAAUUUAGGAGAGACACCCAGUGUCUUUAGCACUCAAAUGCACACUUCUUUUGUUUUCUGAAAUCAGGGCCUUACACUUGCACCAUCCUCCUGUAAUAAUAGGUCGAUUGUUAUCAUAAGUGUGUGAAUAUCGAUGCAGGCGCAGGGAAAAGCCUCUUGAACAGACGUCCCUUAGCUUCAUUCUUUUUUUUUACUCAAGGUGAAUUACAGAAGAUACAAGUUCUGGUGCUCAAAGAAAGCAUUGGUGGUAACUUUGACUCUCUUAAAGUGCCAUCUUACUGUCAUUUCCUACACCUUGUCACAUCAAAAAUUUCCAGAGUAUUAUCACAUGUUUUUUUAGGCAGAGGGAAAUCCUCAGCCAUCACCCGAACUGCUUUUUGAUUUCGUCCAGACUAACUGUACAGAAAAAAAGGAGCUCUGACAAGGUGAAUACAGGGGUUAUUGAUCCGUGAUAAACUGCUCAUUGCAAUUGCAACAAGGGUUCUUUUCUGUUUUGUUCAUUUCGUGUAAAAUCUUCUGGCUUUUGGAGAGUUAGCUUUCACCAUGUCAAAGUGGAGCAGGCCAUCCACACAACCACUCAGUGAUAUUCAGGCACAGAUUAUCUCCUCUAGUGCCCAACACACACACCUGCAGCACAGCUUGUGCAAAUUUCAAGCUAAGUUAAGCAAAAAAAAAAAAAAAGACAUACCACUAGAUACCUUAAUCAUCUCUUUUGGAUUAUCGUCUCCAUUCUUGUUUAGACACCCCAGCAAGCUUUCCUCUAUACACCCUCUGAACUUUGUCCUCUGAUCUUUCCCCGUUCAUUAAUCUUGCUUCUUUUUUCGACUUGAUGUUAGUGGGUAUUUUUCCUGUGUAUUCCAUUUUGAAUUGUAAUCUAGUUUGUAUAAGAAAUGGUGCGCAUGUAAAUAAAGCUUGGUGAGGCUUCACACACUCUG